UUUUCGAUGCUAUUAAAUUCGCCGUACUACAGAUUCUACCAAUACAAUCGGAAAUGUAAUUCUUCAAAAUUAAACGUCAACUUAUAACUGAAGAAUAUUCGCUUAUAGAAAAAUGUUAAUGAGGUUUCAAAGAAGAACUGUUUCUUGGUUAUUUUACGAUUUGCAAAUGGAGCACGACGAAGUUAGGUUAUGGUUCUGAAAAACAAGACAAAACCCAACAUAACCUUCUCUGUUAUUGCAGCGUGCCGGGUUUGUCGAAGCAGUUGUUCCUCAACAAAAUUCGAAGAACUUGAAUUUUCUGAACAAGGUCAAGUGAAUCAAGUAAAAAUUCAUAAUGAAAACUGCUCCGCACCAAAGGCUAGUGAUGGUUGGUGAUCGCGAUGGAUUGAAGGAAUUAUUACGUCGUCGUUUGGUUGAGUGUGGUUGGAGGGAUCAAGUAAAAUUAAUCUGCAAGGAAUUAAUAAAAGAACAUGGCCACGAUAUUACUUAUGAUAAGCUACUUUCCGUGGUCACAACCAAAGCAAGGACGCUUGUGCCAGAUUCUGUUAAAAAAGAGCUUCUGCAAAAAAUAAAGAAUCAACUUAUUGCGCAAGAAGAAAAAUUAAAACUGUGAAGUAUUGAAGUAUUUGUGAACUUUUAUGCUCUAAGAAGAAACUCUACAGCCAACGACUGUGUCCUUAUCUCGAUGUACCAGUUCCACAUAUGUUGUACAAUGUGUGAUAUUACUUGUAAUCAUAAUUCAUAAACCUAAGAUAAAGUUAGAAAUGUAUUGAAUAUGUAUUAUUCAAUUCAAAGUAAAUGUUAUUUAAUUGAUUGUAAAAACAAUGAUUGGAAUUGCAUUUAAAUGUAAUAUGUAUACCGACGAAUAACUUUGACAAAUUCAACAUGUUUAAUUGUAUGAAAGUAUGAAUGGUGGAAUGUAAUCAUUUGAAUAAUGAACAAUGUAUACAAAAAUAAUACAAACAAAUGAGAUAUAGAAAUAGACUAAUCACCAUGCGAAAUCCGUUGUCAAUCGAUCUGAAAUACCGACGCGGUAAAAAAUUAAUGAUUUAGGUUGCUGAUCCUCUUACUUAAAAAUGAAGACUGAUUACAGCGUCCUCUCCUUACGAAUGACAAUCAAUGAAAUCUCAUUGGAGUGUGAAGAAAGUGUAUUAGUGUAAAUUACAAAUAGAUCUUGUUUACGACAGA